AUGCCGGAGGCCAGUCAUUGGUGAGUCAAACUGUCUGCAAAAACGUCAGGAGAUUAUCGGCGCACAGCUGGAAUGCAAGGUUGAUUCACAAAGAAGAGUGAGGAGGUAGAGAGACAACGCUGAAGACACCAGUCGGACGGAUACACACCGCACAGGUAGAGAGAGAAGCGAUGGCGACUCUGGUUUCACAUAUCGCGUUUCUAUGUGGAAAUUGGACAAGUAUCACUUGCGUUGCUUUGAAGCUGUGGGGUGGAUAGGGUAGUGAGUGUCAGCGGGUGGGAAAGUGCUCUAACUUGCAAGCGAAUGACUUUCACCGAGUCUUGAAUAGAGGUUACAUUGGGAUUUUGUUAGCGAUGAUGAUGAUGAUGAUGAUGAUGAUGAUGAUGGAACUGUCCUGUCCCCCAAAAUAGGCAGAUCUUAGGCUAACGUAGGCUAUAUGAUUUUCUUUAAAUAUAAAUAUACUUAGAUUAGCCUUCCAUUUAUGUUGCUUGGCAAUUUAGAGGUUAUGUAGCCUAACUCCUUUUCCCCAAUUUAACCCCUAGGAUGCUUUAGUGACAUUGACAGUUUCUGAGACCGAAAUACCAGCUGUCAACGCAACGCGUCUCUUUGAACAUCAUGACAGCCACUCUUCACUUUACAAGCAGUUUAAAAACCUCCAAAUACUUGUCUAUUCAUCUUGAUUUAUUAUUCAACAUCCUACUGGAAAAGUACCCUACAUGUAGCCAAUAGAUGUAUAGCAUAUUGAUAGAUUAUAUAGGACCUGAGGUAGGCUAUCAGGUGUGAGGUAUGAUUCGGUUGUUUCCACAAUUCUUCCCCAUGAGAAAGUUGAUUUGUUCUGACAGCGCAAGGUCCCUCCAGACAGGCUCACUCUGACACCAACAGGUUGCUAGUGGUUAAACCUCUGCAGAUAUGACUCAUUGAAAGACGGAAUGAAUAUGUCUGCCUCAUAGUGCUGCUUCCUGUGGGGAUAAAUAUUAUUGAUCUAACUGUUGCAUAGACUGUCAGUAACUAGCUGAGAAUUCUUCUCAACUCCAUGAAGUUGAGAAUUCUCAGCUAGUCAGUAACUAAAUGGUUUGCUGAAGUAGAUUUAGCAUAGAAUACAUUCAGUAAGCAAUAUUGCAUGCCACUUACUAUAGCAUUGUAACAAUUGUGCCCUACAUGUUUUUCCUUUGCACCUUGAUAUACAUUUACAUUUACGUCAUUUAGCAGACGCUCUUAUCCAGAGCGACUUACAGGAGCAAUUAGGGUUAAGUGCCUUGCUCAAGGGCACAUCAUGAUUGAUGGUAUGUUAGUAACUUAUUUCAGCAGAUGAUUUUCUGAACAAAAGGUUAUCAUUAUCAAGGCAUAUGGUGCUGGCUGGAUCACCACCACUACCAUCCAUCCACCCACCCACCCACCCAUCCAUCUCUCUCGCUCUCUCUCUCUCUCGCUCGCGCUCUCUGUGGGCAGAUAAGCAUGUUUCACUCAUGAGAUCAGUGAAAUGGAACAAUUGACAAUUGGAAUGUUCCACAAUGGGCCAAUCAAUAUAGCCUAAUGAUUUUAGUCAUUGACCUUGUGGUUUGUCUAAUGUUCCUUGCCUCUUAGUUAGCAUAGUUAGUUUGUAGAACAGUCAUUUGAUGGUCCAUUGAUUCCAUUCAUCAUGAGAUAUGAUUUGUAUUAAGCCUUGUUUAUCAUUCUGAUUAUUUGGAAAGUACAGUGCUUAAUGUAUUCAUGCUAAUCAGUCAUCUUUUAUCUGAGAUUAUGAGUAAACAAGCACACAGGUGGCUAAUGGGAGUGGCAUGGAGAGACAGACAGACAGACAGACAGACGGACAGACAGACAGGCUGUUGACUCACAGUUCUGAAUGCAUCAUUCUAUUCUCUGGACCUGUUGCACUCUUACUGUCUAACCCAAACCCAUAUCCUCUUCAGCAGAGACAUAAAUGGCUGUGUGUGUGUAUGUGUGUAUGUGUGUGUGUCCGGGGAGAAUGACUGCUCCCUCCCAUUGAAGCCAUGGAAGUUCAAGGCCGACCGCGGUACUGCAUUGUUAGCAGAAAACAGGAUCCCCAUUAGAGUGAAUGGAAAAAUGGCAAUCUCCGUCGUGAAUCUUCGUGUAAAUAAUGUAAAUAUUUGUUUUUAUCGAAGACAAUAAUUGCUUCUAAUACACCAGAUGUACUGUAUGUCCUUGAACAGAUUAUUAAAAAAUCGCACACAGAAGAAGUUGUAAGGAUAAUUUAGUUGCUAAUGGCAGCCUGCAGUACCCCGGUCGGCCUUCAACUUGAGUUAAUCAAUGAGAGGGGACAGCACUGAGCUAGCUUGCGCAUGUUAUGUCUCCAUGAGACGCCAUCACAGAUAGAACAAUGAGCCAGAUAUUUCACCGGAUGUAUAAAUGUGAAGCAUACGGUUGGCGUUUCCACUCACUACUAAAUAUGGUGAUGAGAGGAAGCCCAGAGGCCGGCAGUGGGAGAAGAUGGAGCAAGAUGGAUUUUGGCUGAUAUUCUGCAAAUUUUCUCAUCGAUUAAACAUUUGAUCUCCAUACAGUUUUCAGUUUCCAAAACUAAUCUGUAACAAACAGAGUGGACUGCGUUUUGUAGACUUUACCCUUUACCAAAGUUUCUAAAAAUGGCGUAGUUUAGAAGGAAUGCAAUGGUGAAUUGAGUUAUUGCAUAUACGCACUUCACAGAGUAGGCGUUCCCUAACGGAAAUAUGCAAAUAAAUGCUAGAACACGCCAAUAGGAUCUCACUGGCUCGUACUUGCCUCUGCCCACCUCCUUGCUUAUUCUGCCCACUAUGAUUAAUUUGCUCCCAUUAGAAACGACAGGCUCUGGUCUAUCUUGGGUUAGUUAUAAAAAUCUUUGACGCCAUCUUAACCGGCUUCAUUUGGCUUCAUGCGCUAUUGACUCUUCACAUAGGAAUGAAUGGUGUAACUUGAUUGAUGGCUUUGUCCAUUCAUAUACAGUAUACAGUCGUGUGUGUGUGCAUGCGUGAGAGAGCAUCCGUGUGUGUGUGUGUGUGUGUGUGUGCGAGAGAGAGGGAGCAUCCGUGUGUGUGUGUGUUCGUGUUUUGGCUCUCUAACAGCCUUGUCUCAGACCACAGGGCACACUGCUGAUAUUGAAAUGAAAUAGGGCCCUGCCUGUCUGGAACACUUCUUUUUAAUGAAGUGCCCCAGCGUUCUGUGGAUUUCAUUAGUGUUGCAGCUAUUUAUAACAGCGUUUACACAGGCCAGGAAUGAUCUAGACAGCCACAGUCACUAUCUAUAGCCUUUUGUGUGCGUGUGUGUCCACUGUCCAUAACAGUGUGUUUGUGUGUGUGUGUGUUUCCACUGUCCAUAACAGAGUGUGUGUGUGUUUCCACUGUCCAUAACAGUGUGUGUGACGAGUGAUGUGCUGAUCCUAAAAUAGCCACGGGAUGUGUGUGAGUAUGAGGCUGCUGGUGACAGUGCAGGCUCGCCAGCGGACUGGACAUGUCAGGGUGUAUUAAUGACAGGGAAACCGUGACAAGCCCCUCAUUCCUUCACUUCUCCAUAUCUCCUUCUCACCUCCACCUCCCUAUUUUCUAUCUGUUCUACUCCUAUACUCCACCCCUCUCCAUCUACCACUCUCCCCUCUCACCCUCCAAUCCUCUCCACUCCUCUCCUCCAUUUCCCCUCUCCUCCAUCCCUCCUCCUUCCAUCCUCCACUCCUUCCCUUAUUACACCUCUGUGGGAUCACCCAUCUCUAAGCCCAUCACCUAAUCUUUUGGCAGAGUAUUAGUGGCCUGGGCCAGAGAUUAACAUCUGUUGGCUGGGGUUUGGAGAGGUAAACACUCUCUAUUCUCUCUCUAUUCUCUAUCUACUCUCUCUCUCUCUCUCUCUCUCCUCUCUCUCUCUCUCUCUCUCUCUCUCUCUCUCUCUCUCUCUCUCCUCUCUCUCUCUCUCUCUCUCUCUCUCUCUCUCUCUCUCUCUCUCUCUCUCUCUCAUAUAUAUAUAUAUUUCUCUCUCCCUGCCUCUCUCUGUCUCUCUGUGUUGUUGUUUUAACUUCCUGUGGAGGUGGACUGUUUUAGAAGUCAUCGGUGGUUGUGAGAACAGAGUGAGCAGAGAGAGGUGUGAAAAGACUCUCUAAGCCAGGCUCUAUAGCCAGUCUGAUUAAUCAGAUCACCAUUCAUACGCUGCCUAACGACACUUUCCACUCUGUGGCUAUGGAAUGAAUCAUGUCAGGUGCACUUCAGAUACUGUAUAUGGAAAAAUAUAUAGAUGAGGGAGUGGUGGGGGUACAGGGGUUCAUAACCAAGAUGAUGGCAUAGUAAAACAACCUGUAAGGUUAAGCCUCAGAACACAUUUGUUAUUCUAGAACAAGAGCUAAAGAUACAGUAAGUCCUGCACUGCUGAUUUGUGUGUAUUUAACCGAGUGUGAGCUCCACAUUCAGUUACAUCAGUGAUCAGUUAGCCUUCAAGUGAACUGGUACGGAGGAGAGUUUGACUGUCCACUUCUUCCCCCUAGGAGCCAUCACAGCAUUUGGACUGAGCACACCCAUCUCUCUCUCUCUCUCGCUCUCUCGCUCUGUAGCCAUGAAGGGGGACCAUUUAUUUUCCAACCUGAGAAACGCCACAUUCUACCAGCGGGUCUACCUACUGGGGGGCGAGGAGCUGCUGGUACUGCAAAGCACUGUGGGACAUCCCGCGCUGGGCGACAGCUUCCACCAGAUCACAGACUUUAACGACCUGCCCACCUCCCUUUUCGCCUGCAACGUGGACCAGUCUGUGUUUGAGGAUCAGGAGGGCAAGGUAAGGUCAAACCACUCUCUUCUUAUUCACGGGGGAGAGAGUUGCACAAUGUUCCCCUGCUAUUUUCACUUAGGCCUAGUUGAUUCUCUUGUUUGGCCUCUUAUCUAAGGAAAAGUGAUUCAAGGUGAUAAAACUGUCAAGGUCACAUUGUCCAUGAGAUUGACCUUGUUUGUCCUUCUGGUCCAUGCUUCCACCACAGUUCUUGUUAUCUGUCGUAUGAUUGUUUUCUUGGUACUGUAUUUAUUGGUGCCCUCUAGUCCCCAUGGUAACGAGUUGAUUAAUCUCAGGGGCGGUUUAUCUUCUGAAUAAAUUAAAUAAAUGUCUUAUUGAGGGCAAUUUGCCCUUGGCAAAAAAACACAGCAAAGGACCUACUGUACUCCACUCUGUGGAUGUCUGGCAGCCAUUUUCUCAAUUUAUCUGGUAUGCUGAUGGGUGUCAUGUCUCCAUGGCCGUCUUCGUACUCAACACUGUCCUCAUAAACCACCAUUAUCCGGGGUUGGCCUGUCAGGCCUGUUAUGUCAUCCAGUUUCCAGCUGAAGGUGAGAUCAAAAGCAGCCAUUCUGAUGGGGGCUGGUCAUCCACUGUACCUCUAGCUAUAAAUGAUUUUGACCGCUAUCUUGGCAGGCAGUGGUUUUGAUAUGUGGCUGAGGAGGCCUAAUGGAUGUCCACAGAGCCAUAUAACUUGUCUGAAGUUCUAUCUGCUGUUCAUAAGGGAAUGGUGCUCUGUGGACCAGGGCUCUAAAGUGCGACCAUUUUGGUCGCAUAUGCUCCUAAAUACUUAGCUGUGCGACCUGGAAUAAACCAUGUCGCGGGUCGGUCUAAAGCUUCUUGCGGGUCAUUUGUUUACACCUUGUUCCGUCAUGUUACCUAAUUAGCUAGUGAACAACCUGGUAACUUUACUUGUAGGCUAUAUCUGAACAUCUGGGGGCACAGUAAGAAAGGAAAAGGGAUAGCUUCUUCAGGAGAUCACUGAUCAUAGCAAUGAAUGGAUGACUGAUCUCUUGCAUGUCAUCACUCACAAACAUUAUGUUCUUAAAGAGAUGGUGUACAAUUUUCAAUGUAAUGCAUCUCAAUAUAGUGCUUUUACACAAUGUAGAAACCUAAUAUUCCACAAAUGACUUUGUAAGUUGAAUGACAGUUAUAUGUAUCAACAUUUUAGCUUGUUAUAAUAAACACAUGCAUUUACAGGGUUACAUUCGUUUCUAGGGCACAACAUGUGCUUCAGAAGUAGCUAGAAUACAUAUAGGCCCCAAUAUAGAUUAUAUGUCAAUCGAUUUAAAAAAUACUUUCUGGUGCUCCGAAAUUGUAUGUUGUGAUCUUAACUUUUUAAAAGUUCAGAGCACCAGUGCUACCAAUUAAAUGUUUGAAUAUAGAGCCCUGGUGUCAACACAGAUUAGAGAUCUUGACCUCUGCGCCCCCUCGUAUAUGAUGUUUGUGAGAUGAAAAUAAAAAGACUAAGAGAGUGAGUCCAGUCCACUCCCUCUGCUUUUCUGCUGAAUGUGGACAUACUUCCUCAGACUUUCUCAUCCAGAACUCUUUGCUUCACUGUGUCCUGUUGUGGUCUGUGUGUGCUGGGGAGCAUUGCCCCUCUGUGCCCCUCUCUGGAGCAGAGGUCAUGUGAACAGAGCAGAGGAACUGUGCUAGUCAGGUCUUUCUGCCCCAGUGAACAGUCCCAGGUCCAGCCCCAACACCUGCUCCAUCCUCUUACCCUGCCCCGUCCCCAACUUCAACCCCAAACCCAACCCCAGCUACAGCAGCCUCAUACCCAGCCCCAACCCCAUCCCCCUGCCCCAACCCCAGCAGCCUCAUACCCAGCCCCCCUGCCCCAGCCCCAACCCCAGCAGCCUCAUACCCAGCCCCAGCCCCAACCCCCUCCCAGCCCCAACCCCCUCCCAGCCCCCUGCCCCAGCCUCAACCCCAGCAGCCUCAUACCCAGCCCCCUGCCCCAGCCUCAACCCCAGCAGCCUCAUACCCAACCCCAACCCCCUCCCAGCCCCCUACCCCAGCCCCAACCCCAGCAGCCUCAUACCCAGCCCCAACCCCCUCCCAGCCCCCUGCACCAGCCCCAGCCCCAGCCUGCGUCAGUCAGAGAAGAGACAUUAG